UCCCAGUCAAAACAAUGCAGUGGAGCAGCUGCGUGUAGCUCUAGCUGUAAACAGCAAAUAUUUAAAAACCUCCCCACGGCCGUCGCGGCGCUCCGAGUCCACCAGCCUGCAGCGGCGUCCCGGCGGGCUUCCGCUGCGUCGUUCCCGGGGCUUAUUUGUCCCCCACAGCGGCCCUUUUGUUUGGCUGGAAAUGGAGACAGCUAGUGGCUGGACGUCAGGGACGGACAGGAGCGGCUGAGCGGUGAAGGAAACCCGGAGUUUGCGUCCAGCUGUCGUCGAUAAACGCGGUAAAAAAAAAAAAAAAGCCUCUGGGCCGGUGACAUGGUGGAGUAGGCGUCGUCUGCGCCGAAGCUGUCCGCGUCCUUCGGCUUCUCUCUGUGUGUCUCUCUCCGCGGGGAGGAUCGCCAUGGCCCCGGGCUCUCUGGUGGCGGCCUGCCGCAGCCUGGCCCUCUCUACGUGGCUGCUCUCCUUCUGCUUCGUCCACCUGCUGUGCCUGGACUUCACCGUGGCCGAGCGGGAGGAGUGGUUCACCGCCUUCGUCAACAUCACCUACAUGGACCCGGCCACCUCGGAGCUGCGCACCGAGAAGACGGAGUGCGGCCGCUACGGGGAGCAGUCGUCCAAGCGGGAGGCCAGGGGGACGGUGGUGCUGCCCGCCGCGCCGCUGGACCGCCAGGCCUGCGACCCCCACACCCGCUUCGCGGUCCCCCCGCAGGCCGCGGCCGGCUGGGUGGCGCUGAUAGCCGGGGGGAACUGCACCUACAAGGACAAGUUCCGCCACGCCGUGGCCCACAACGCCUCGGCGGUGGUGGUCUUCAACGUGGGCUCGGCCAACCCCAACGACACCAUCACCAUGCCCUACCCAGGUGCAGGGGCCGGUGAGGUGGUGGCCAUCAUGAUCCCGGAGCCAAAGGGCCGGGAGGUGGUGGCGCUGCUGGAGCGCAACAUCACGGUGACCAUGACCAUCACCAUCGGGACCAGGAACCUGCAGAAGUACGUGAGCCGGACGUCGGUGGUGUUCGUGUCCAUCUCCUUCAUCGUGCUGAUGAUCAUCUCGCUGGCCUGGCUCGUCUUCUACUACAUCCAGAGGUUCAGAUACGCCAACGCGCGGGACCGCAACCAGCGACGGCUUGGCGACGCGGCGAAGAAGGCCAUCAGUAAACUCCAGCUUCGCACCAUCAGGAAGGGCGACCAGGAGACGGAGUCCGACUUUGACAACUGCGCCGUCUGCAUCGAGGGCUACAAACCCAACGACGUGGUUCGCAUCCUGCCCUGCAGACAUUUGUUCCAUAAGAGCUGCGUGGAUCCGUGGCUGCUGGACCACCGCACGUGUCCCAUGUGUAAGAUGAACAUCCUGAAGGCGCUGGGCAUCGCUCUGAACGCAGACUGCCUGGACGACCUCCCCCUGGACUACGACCUGGCGCUGGGCGGCGUGGCCGGGGUCGGCAUGGGCGGCGUGGGAGCCCUGGCCCUGGAGGCCGUGGUGUCCGGAGCGUCCAGCGACGGGACGCUGAGCGAGGGCGGCUCCUCGGUGGUCCUGGACCCCGGCGUGCGGCGGGUUGGACUCCCACAGGACUACCAGGACCACGACCCCCUGCGAGACAGCCCCAUAACAGCCACCACCGACACCCACACAGGUGAGCUGCAGCCGAUGGCGAGCAGCGCCUCUGUGGCGUCACUGGUCAUUGCCGUGGAAACCGGCCUGUCGGACGAGGAGGGGUCCAUCGAGCAGCCUCAGACGGGCGCCAAGUCCUGAAACCAGCGCAACAGAACCAAGCCAGAACCGGGCCGGGAUAGACCAGACUCAGAGCAGACUUUAAUGGUUCAGAAAGGUCCAGAGAGAGAGACGGCCCGACUGGAAAACCCGCCUGACCCGAACCUGCUUGACGGCCUGGUUCUGGAUCACGUUCAGUUUGAAAUGAAAACCGAUCCAGAACCAGCACCGUGAGGUUUAGACUGGGUUUGGACUCCUGGAGCAGACCCAUUGGGUUCGGGCUCGUAGAAGGCGGACCCAUCUGGACCGUGUUUGUCCCUGUUUCAGUGUUAACCUCCGCUUGUUCUUAGUUCCCCUCAUCCAGAAUCCAGAACCCCUCCUGGUUCCUCCCCCAGAUGAUCCAGUUUACGUCUGCCUCGGUUCUGUUAGCAGAACCGAAUCUUGGGUCCAGACAAGCUGCCUGACAGAACCCAGUCCUUGAUCUCACACGUGGCUGAACAUCUCUUCUCUCAGAAGGACCAGAACCUCAGUGGGACGGGUUCUGUUGUCUCUGGAUCUUCUCCGGCGUCUCCAGGGAAAACCCCAUCCGGACUCUCUCUUUGUUCUGGUCCCGGUUCUCCGGACCUCGGAGGCUCGUCUGCGGGGGACUGACUGGGAUCUUAAACGGACUCGGCGGCCCCCCGGGAGCCGACCCGGCAGUAUUACUUCAACAGUUCGACUGCAGUAUUGACGCGCUGACGCGCGCCUCAGUGUUUCCCCUUUUAGCUUCGGUUUGCUCCGUUAUCGUUGACGUCUGGGUUGAAUCCUUCCUCCGCUGCGUCAGAACCGCGUUUCUUUGUACAUUCAGGGCAGAAAUAAGCAAAGGCUGCGAGACGAAGCAGAAAAACGCUGCUUGGAUCUCUGAAUCAUUAUCAGAAAUGGGUACAAGGUAAAAAAAAAAAAAAGUAGAUUUCCUGCUUAGCCUUUUCUCUCCUUUUUAAACUUUUAGUUUCUGAUCCAGAUGCAUCACAUGACCUCCGUCUCAUGAGAUGCUUCUGGACCUCAGCGUAGUUCCUGGGAGCUUUGGAGCGAGCUCUCCCAUCUGUAUUUGGGUUCGACCUCAGCCCAUCAGCCCAUAUAUUAGCUGGCUGUACGUACCUGUAGAGCGCUAAACUACCCGUUCCACCCAGCUAGCAAGAGCAACUUUAAUAAAAGGACGUGGGGGAAACGGUUUGAAAUCAGCCUGGUUGCAACAAAUCACGCUGAAUCUGCACAGAGAGAGAGAAAAAAAAGCUAAAUGUUUGUUCUUCAAAUCUAUUAAGUUGCAGGACCUGUGAUGAGGUGCUUUUUGUCUCCCUUUGUCCGUUCGACCGAGUUUGUUUCAAAUAUCCCAUAAAGUACUUCAGUAAAUGUGUUUAUGUGUGUCUGGACGUGUAAAUGUGAUGAAGAACUGUUUGUUACCGAGCAUCAAACGCCACCAGGAAACUAACCAGCGUGUGAUAAAAGCAGAACACCUGACUUUUUGUUAGAAGAUGGACAUAUCGAGGUUCUGGGAUGUCCGGAUCGAUACGUUCUGUCCUUGAUGCUGACCUGAGCCAUUUAUUAUCAGGCAUAUCAGCUCCAAGUCCUCUGAUGCGUCGUCAACGUUGGUUAGGGCUGCAUUAAGAGACCGGCAGAUAUGCAGGAGUGCUGGUGAACGUCGCAGUAACGAUGCUGCGUAACGUAGUUUCAUCACGAUUUUAUCUCCUUACCACAACUUGUUCUUCUAAUACACUUUGAAGCUGCCUUAAGCAACAAGCACCAGACGUCUCACCGUCAUAGACACCCUAAAUUCAUCUACAGUUAGCUGCCGUUCGUAGCAGUUUGUUGCGAUGUCGAUGUUGCCAUAACGAGAAUUACGCGUCAUGUUGUGCAGCCCUAACGUCGAUGAGAUGAACGCCGGACGCCUCAGUCGCUUUAAAGUGCCAAAAAAAAAAACGAUACUGCAUUUCAUCAGGAAAUUAUUAUUAGGACGCUGCAGGCUCUCCUGUCUGUUCAUCCUGACAGCUACAGAUGUUUGGACCCAGCAGCCGCUCUGUGGGAACGGCCCCGGGUUUGUCGCUCGGCUAAGAAAUCAGCCGAGACGUUCUGCUGACGCAUCGCUUAAAACAUUAAUAGCUUUGUGUUUAGUUUUUAAAGGUACAUCUGACUCACCUGGUCUUCACUCACCUCUCCCUCCUGCUACAGUGCUAAGCUGGUUGCUACAGUGGUAAGCUAGUUGCUACAGUGGUAAGCUAGCUGCUACAGUGGUAAGCUAGUUGCUACCGUUGUGAGCUAGCUGCUACAGUGCUAAGCUAGCUGCUACAGUGCUAAGCUAGCUGCUACAGUGGUAAGCUAGCUGUUACAAUGAUAAGCUAGUUGCUACAGUGGUAAGCUAGCUGCUACAGUGAUAAGCUAGUUGCUACAGUGGUAAGCUAGCUGCUACAGUGCUAAGCUAGCUGCUACAGUGCUAAGCUAGCUGCUACAGUGCUAAGCUAGCUGCUACAGUGGUAAGCCAGCUGCUACAGUGGUAAGCUAGCUGCUACAGUUGUAAGCCAGCUGCUACAGUGCUAAGCCAGCUGCUACAGUGCUAAGCCAGCUGCUACAGUGCUAAGCUAGCUGCUACAGUGCUAAGCUAGCUGCUGCACUGCUAAGCUAGUUGCUGCACUGCUAAGCUAGCUUGACACGAGUCGUUGCGUCACCGUCUUCCUGUGCAGUUCUUGUCGUUUGUGUGGAGACGAAACUUAGCGGGAAAAGUUGCUUUAUUAACUAGGAGAUUUCUGUUUAAAAGUAUUAGAAAUGUAACGUCUGGUGUUCAAACGGGUCACAUGACACAGACGUGGAGCUGCAGCAGCCAAGACGCUCUCUCUUUCUGUCUCUCGCCGUGAACGUCAUUGUGAAAAGUCAAAAACCCAGAUUGAAUCGGUUCAGUAAGCAUCAGCUACAGUUCAGCUGGUUUUUAGGCGGACGCCCAAAUCAGAGGUGAGCUUAAAGGACCCCUGAUGCCAUCCAUUUAAAAAUGCCUUGAGUGGACAUUUUCCACUGUUUUGAUAAAUUCAUCCGUUUUCUCUUUUGAUCCAGUUUCUUCUCAAUUUCUCCCCGUUUUCUUUUUCAGUGUCCCAAUAAAAUCAAAGGCGGUACGAGCCUGUUACAGGGUCAGCAGGCGUUAAAAAACGCAAAAAAACAUUGAAAAAACACGGGAGAACUUUUAAUCUAUUUACUUAUUUGUAAAUAUCCCUCCUUCUGCCCCCUUUUCACUCAGUGUUAAAGUUGCUCCUCGUAUGAGUGGAGUUGUGCUUGAAGGCGCCACACCAGGACUGACCAACUGAAAGCGCUCCUCUGAUUAAAGAAACAAUCCUCCAAGAUGAAUUUUCAGAAUCACUUAAGCUCCAACGCCCUUUAGGAAGAGAACCGGUCUUUAACGGUACCCCUCAGCAACUUCUUGGACCCGCGUGGUCGCCCCGUUCAGUUUCCCUCUCUGUGUCCGACCGCAUGCCUCCGUUGUCAUCCUGCUGCCUUUUUCUACCUUUCACUUCUGACAAUCCAGGAAGCUGCUGGUCAGGGCUCUGAGCGCCACAGACGGGUACGAUUACUUCCACGCCACAAACGCAGACUGUGAUUGAAGAGCUUCUGCGCCGCCCCCCCCCCCUGGUUCCGCCAUCCACACGUUCACCGGCCCGCUCUGUACGUACAGGACACAGGCUCCUCUCCGCUGCCGUCUGCUUGCGCGCGCUCCGUACGCCGGCGGCUCGUUUCACGGCGUCGCCGGCCAGAAAGAAAAAAGAUUGUCGUCUAUUUUGAUACCAGAGGAGAUGUUUAUUUUUGUAACGAAGCAGCAGAGACUGACUUAUUCCCCCCCCCCGCCAUCCCCACGUCACCCUACGGCCCGGAUGCUUCCGCGUUUGAUCGGGGCUGAUUUAGAUGUUGAAUAUUUGUGUAAUUGUACAUACAAACUUUUUCUUUCUUUUUUUUUGUUUUUUUUUUAUUUCAGAAGCCCUCGAUGUUAUGAACCUGGCUACAGAGAACCUGUUAGGAGCUGAUUGAUGAAAGCUGAGAGAACUGAGCUCAUGUCCAGGCAGGUGAACCAGCAUGAAUGCAAAUAAAGAACACUUAAAAACCAGCGGAGAACAUUUGAGUUGUGGUCCACUUGGCUCUGCGGCUACGGCGGACGGGUUCCCAUUAAACAUGUGGCUUAUUCCGGUCACACUGCUUCUGUUUCCAGUGAGUUCAGUUCUGCUCAGACUCUUUGUGGACUUCUUACUUUGCUCCCAAGGCUUCCUUUGUUCAGGUUACCGGGUUUAUUGUAAACACUAAGUAAUUUAUAAUCUGUAACAUGGGACAGCUUGUAAGAGGAUGGCGAAUUUGUACGGCUUGUCUCGGACAGUUUUCAGUGAGUAAUGUUUUAAUUAAAGUCACCUGCUUUGUGUUGUGAGUUUC